UGUCGAAGAGCAGUAGCUUGCCAGUGGUCACUACAUGGGAUGACGACUCCAAAGCACCAACAUAUGAGUCAUCGCUGGAUGCACCAGUGGCUCAAGAAGAACCUGUUGGUCAGAACCAAGCCAGAACAGCGUGCCUUAGCCAAAGCGGGGACCAGGCUUCCACUUCUGGGCCAGGGUGCAACAGCAGCACCGCCGCUUUAUGCGACACCGUGCCAGCAACUACUGCAAUUGAUGGCCAUUUUGAACCGCACUUGGAGCCGCCCAUCUGCCACAUCUGUAUGUGUGUGGUAACGAGAGGUACACCGACACUGUCUGUGGACAAAGCUGUGCAAGCCUUCGAGGAGCUUUGUCAGACCUCGACUGAAAAUCCGGCACUGCCAACAUCUUCCGGCAUGGUUGGCCAAAGCCCUUUGGGGAGCGAGCCAGCUGUUCCCGGAAGUCCCCAACAAGCCCAAGAGAAUUCUGCAGACGUUGAGCAAGAAUUGCGCCAGUGGUGCUCUACGCCUACAGAGGACAAGACGCCAAGCCCCUUGUCGUUGGAGCGGGAUGCCACUCCCGAACCCUCAGAACCUGGGGCAUCGCCUUCGGACACCAGUUACACGGAGGCCGCCUUCCUGGACUCCGAUGAAGAUAUCUGCCCUGAGCCAGAUCUGUUGGACGAGAGUUACAGGCCGGAUAACUCUUUCAACUCCGAUGAUGAACCGGAUUCCGACACCAGCAUCUGGUCCAACGACUCUGUGCACUCGGACGGUGCAACAGAUGUCGAUGAAGGAGGGUGCAGCACGUCUUCAGCAGCAGUGGACCCGGUAAAGGAGAGGAAGUACCUGGUGACUGCAUCACAGCUGCUGCUGCUGUUUUCGGUUUGCAUCAAAUGCCUGGCUCCGACACGGACGAAGCUGACACAUCGAGGGACCCUUGUGCACGCCGUCAUCACGUGUGCACGAGGGCACAAGACUGUGUGGGAGAACCAGCCCAGAAUCAACAGCAAGGCACUCCUCAACAUCCUGCUGCCUGCUGCCAUCACCUACUCUGGAGCCAGCCCAACGCGCGUUCUUCGCCUCCUGGGAUCUAUAGGCGUGCAAGUCUUGAAGAAGACUCAGUUCUUCCGGGUGCAGAGCUCUUUGGUCUUUCCUGCUGCUACAAAGACCUGGGAAGCUGAACAGGAGUCUCUCCUGACAGCCACGAAAGACAAGCUCCACCUUGCAGGCGAUGGGCGUGCUGACUCGCCUGGUUACUCUGCCAAGUAUGGGACAUAUACACUGCUUGACACCCGCAUCAACAAGAUCAUGCACUACGAGGUUCUUCAGUCGACAGAAGUCAAGUCGAGCAACCACAUGGAGACGGAGGGCCUGAAACGUUCUCUGGACUUCCUCCUGAGCAUGGGGCUGUCUGUGUAUGUUCUUGUGACCGACCGGCACUUUGGGGUGAAUGCCCUGAUGAGAGAUAGGUACCCCGACACGAAGCACCGGUUCGACGCAUGGCAUGUCGCAAAAGGCAUUGGGAGCAAGAUGGCCUCUGCAGGCAAGACAAAGAAGAACAGCAUCUUGAAUGCAUGGGUGAAGACUGUACGUGGACACGUCUACUGGUGUGCACAGACCAGCAGUGACAAUGGCGCGCUGGUGCUCGCAAAAUGGGUGUCCGUAAUGCGACACGUGAGCAACGUCCAUCAGCACCCCAGCCCCCUGUACCCUGCGUGCACCCAUGGCCCAAUCGAAGAGCGCUGGUGGCUUCAGGAAGGGACCGAGCCAUACGUGGCUCUCGAAAAGAUCGUCAUGUCCAAGCAACUACUCAAGGACAUACCAAGGGUGUCUGGAGACGGUCAGACCUAUCGCCUAGAGUCGUUCCACAGCAUGCUGCUCCGGUUUACUCCGAAAUCCAGUCAUUUCAGUUUUGAGGGCAUGGUGGCACGGACUGCCGUCGCGGUGCUCCACUACAAUGAGAACAGCAACCGUGCGCAGGCCACAACGAAGGACGACAAAAAGCGAAGUUGUCUGAAGUUUCCCAAGUCACGGAAAGGCGAAUGGGUCCUCAGCCCCAUCAUGGAGACUGCGUCGUACGACUACGUCCAGAGGCUCCUCAAUUCCUGCCUGGAGUUGGCCAAGGCUUCCCGGACCUACCAGCUGGCUGUGGCUGCGAACGGGCCACGUCCUCGUCGACCACCUCUGUGCAGCGUUGCACAAAGGCCAGACAAGGAAGCAGCGGUGUUGGCCCACAGGACCCGGUUCGAUCAAGCAUAG